GUGCGAUGAUAAGUGAAAGUUCAUGUAUUGCCAUUUUGGACAGUGGGAGAGUAGCGAAAAGGCUGGGCCAAGAAAAUGUCAACGGCAAUGCGCUCGCAUUUUCCUGUUCUCAACUUACUGCUAACCGUAGUUUUGUUUUCGCUAUCGAAGAAAAGGAAAGCUGGGCAGAUGGUUGCUUUGAAUUUGGAUUUAUUGGGUGCCCUAGUGAAAAAGAUCAGCAGGAAAUUUCUGAGUGUUUUAACGAGUUGCCUAAAUUGUAUGUCUCAAAAAGAGACAUUUACUCGAAUUCAGUACUCAUCAAACGUGAUUACUUUCCCCAAUCAGUAGAUGAGAUGGAAAAUGGUGCUACACUUGGUUUGGUUAUACGUGACGAGAAAACAGUAUCUUUCUUUUUCAAUUCAGUUGAUCUGGGCGAAGUUUUGCUGCCUGACAUUUUCAAAAACGUGAAUAUGUAUGCCUUUAUGAAUUUAAAUGGCACAAUCACUCAAACAAAGUUGUUGUCUGAUGGAAAUGUGAAAAAUAAGGGCUUGUCAGUGGAUCAGAUAAACAACGUCCUGUACAAUUCUGAAGAUGACGAAAAUUCUACAAAUCAAACGUGUUCAAAGUUUGACAACGAAUUGUUCAUUUCUUUAUCGAAAUCGCUCUUUUACACACCUACGAGCUCGUUAGUAACAAGAAAUCUUACCGAGCCCCUUGAUGAGUGUAUCGCAUCGUUUGGUAAACAUCUUGGCCAAGAAGUGUGCUCACCGAUGAGUUUCAGAAUUACAAGUCUAUCCGAUAUAUUUGAAGAAUCUACGCGAGGGCCAUUAGCUGUUGGACUAGAAUUGGAAAAAAACGAGUUGACAGGUCGAGAAUUCAUACUCAUGACACCGGAUGGCCUCUCGCGGAACGGGGCAUCUGAGUCGUCGGAACAGCUAGACUUUGUGUCUUUUUUAAAUUUCAAUAACAUGGGUAUUGGAAGCACAAUUGAGUGUGCUAUAACCGAAGACUCUUGGGUGUUAAUUGUAGACAAUGAAGCUACCUGGAAAAUUCCGAUUGGCGCAGAAAGGACCCACGUGAAUAUUUCAUUAGAUCUCUCUUUCCGAGCAUGCGAAGUGGCAGUAAAGUACAAGAAGCAAGUAGCCCAUAAUUUAUUUGUCCCUGAAGAUUUAGGACCUUUGAGGUUCCAUUCAAAGCACGGUAGGAAUUGUUCAUUGGAUGAUUAUAGCUUGACAGCGUGCCGACCAGACGCAUCAAGUGAGUUUAGUGAUGCGAUUUUGAUGACAAAUCGAAGAUUAGCAGACAACGAAGUUUUCGAAAUAAGAAUUGACUCGCUUUUACCACAGUGGUCUGGUUCUCUGGAAAUUGGUCUCACUCCUCAGGAUCCAGAAAAAAUGACGUUUCCCAAAACUAUGACACAGAUAUACCAGUCAAUUUGGAUGAUAUCGGGAUCGGCUGUCGUACAUAACGGCGACACGAUUUGGAACGAUUACAAUUGCGACUUCGAUAAGUUGGCCGAGGGUGCCACGGUUGGAAUUAUGAGAUCUGGGGAUGGAGAAAUGCAUGUUUUCUUAAACGGGAAAGAUUUAGGAGUUGCUUGUGUUAAUGUACCACCGGGAUGUUUUGCUAUCUGCGAUCUCUAUGGGCAGUGUAACAAAGUUACAAUUUUGCAUCCAGACAAGGGACCAAUUAAUCAAAAUGAAUUGGAGCGAUCGCUUGAAAAUCCAAUAAUUGAAUUCCAAUCGCAUAAUUUUGUGCCAUCCUGUGGCUUCGAAUUUAACUCGGACAGGACCCUUGUUUCUGUUUACGAACGAGAAAGAGAAACUAAUAGGCAUAAAAAUUUACUCUUCAGUUCUCUUAGUAUAAACGACUGCAGGUUAUUCACUAUCAGGAUUCACUUGAAAGCAGAUGUCAAAAAUUUAUUUGAGUCUGACUUCAAAAUAGGAGUUACUAAUUUCGACCCCCUGCUGAGCGGACUAACAUUCUCCGAAGUUGUCAAAAACUGGUUUUCUUGUUAUUGGAACAAAAAUAGUGUGUUCAUCAAUGGAGAUAUCGCGAGACAAAAUUACAGCCCGCAUUUAGACAGUUUGGUUGCUCAUAAAGCGGAAUUUAGUGUCUGCUAUUCGAUCGAAAAUAAGAUUUCGUUUGCAUGGAACAAGUUUGUUUUCGCUGAAAUAAGCGAACCGAUUAAUGAAAACUGCUACGUGUUCAUUGAUGUCUCAGACUGUAGAAUUGCGUCUAUUGAAGCUAUAUCUAGAUCUGCCAAAAAGCAUCUGAGCUCGAAACUGUCUGUAAAGAAUAGUCGACGUUUGAGGACAGUGAUUUCAAAGCCGGUGCGUGGUUUUAAUGUCGAGGAGUGUGAGCAGGGAUUCGUUUCCAACCCCAAUGUUGUCAUCAGCAACGAUCAUAAAAGCUGUAUCAAAAUUGAAAGUCGUGCUAGCGCUCUCGUGACGUGUAAUAAGACAUUAGAACAAAGUCAUUUGAUAGUGUUUCAAGUUGAAACAGUUGACUUCCGUUUAAAGAAUAACUUCGCAAUUGGCGUGAUACAAGACUUGGAACAGAAACCUGCAAUCAGAGACAUUGAGAAACAAUGGAAAAAACAAGGUGCUCUGGUGGCGACUUACGGAACCUUUGUCGAUGGAAACUGUACUAACCGGGACCUGUAUUUGCGGGAAAGCUGGUUAAAGAAGGGAGGUGUGCUUGGACUUUACCUGGAUUCCAAGGAUAAUCUGAGCCUAAUUGUGAAUAACAAAGUAAUGGGUGUAGUUUUGGCCGGAGUCAAGGUUCCUUGCACAGUAGUGCUUCAGUUAGAUGGAUUCGUAACAGGAGUUAAAAUGAUAAGUGAUGACAUGCGUGAGCCAGAAGGCGAAUCAUUGACUCAGUCCUGCUCGGUUAAAGAUUUCAACGAAGGUCAAAAAGAGCUGAAGUCUGAUAAGUUCAUCGCAAACUGCGGGUACCUCCGAAUAUGCGCAGAAGUUUUAAAGAUUCUUCGAGUUCCCUCAAAGUUUUACCUCAAUGCAGGCAAGAAGCCAUGUUGCUACUGUUCAUCGUGUAGCAAGUUGAGAUCAACUGAAGCGUGUUUCAAACAAGGUGAACCACCAAAACCAUUUACGCUUCCAACAGGAUGGUGUAAAUUCAACCUUCUCAACAAGUCGCCCAAAGGUCUCAAACCUAACAAAUCUACAUGGCACAUUGCCUAUCACUGCCCACAAGUUGAAUGUCUCCGUAAAAUUCUAGAUUCGACUGAACUUAAAUUGCCGAAAGGUGAUAUAAACUUUGCGAAAUCUUUUCCCUUAGCAGAUUUUGGUGACCAGAAACUUCGAGAGAAGUUCGAGAGCAUGAUCAUGUUGUCUCCCACAGUUAAAUAUUGUUCUCAAACGGCAUUUUGUCGUGAAUUGAAAUUCAAACUGGGUGAAAGGGGAGAGAGUUAUAAGGUCAAAGUGGCUCUGCAAGUUUGGAUCAAACCGGACUCAUAUACAACUAGCAUUCCUCCGGAUCCGACGCUUGUCUUCGACGAAGAUAUCCCACUGACGGAACACGAAUGGAUGACUAAGGAAAAGAAUGCGACUUUUGUUUCGGCUCUGUUGAUCAAAGCCGAACUGUAUCAGUCCUCAUCUUAGAAUAAUGCGCAUUAUUAUCAUUAGUUAGAUGCCAGAGUUUAUGCUAAACUUGAAUUUCGUAUAUUGUAAUAAACUUUGUUACUAACGAAUCAAAAAAAUAAAUCUUGU